AUGAGUCAGAAUGCAAUAUUUUUGAAUUAUAUUAAUAAGUUAACAGUAAAUUUAGAAAGAAUGAAAAAUGUAAGAGACAGUAAUUCAUUUAGUAGAUUCAAGACUCGACAAAAGUCAAGAGAAAAUGAUCAAAAUUCUCAGAUUCUUAAAUUGCAAAGUCAAUAGAAUGUCAAAAAGUUGCCUCCCAAAGCAUAGCAAGUGAGUUUCCAUCUCUUGCCAGAGAAUAAUUAGAGACCUAAGUCAAAACCUAUGGUUUAGCCAGUCCUGCAAGUAUAAUAACACCCAAUCAUUAAAUAGAAACAUUCUAAGAGAGUGUUAAAUGAGUCUCAUAAUUACUUAACAACCAAGUAUUAGGCCAAAAAACUUAUCAAGCAAAAUAGUUUUGUAAAGAAUCGCUCUAGAAAAAUGCAUUCUGUUAGUUAUUAUGACAGUAUAUAAAACGAGGAUGAUGAAUUUUGCAUGCAUUUUAACAACAUGUCCAACGUAUCCUUCAAAGAUUACAUAGAUGUAGAAGCACGUGCCAACAAAAUGCCAUCUGACAAAUCCUAAGAAAUAAUUGAAGGCAAAAAGCUUCUGAGCUUGGGUUAAACGGAAGAAGCACAAAAACUCUUCGGGGAAAUUCUCUAAGUCAGCAACAACCCAGAAGCCAGAUAUUUAAAUGGCCUAUGUCAUUUGAGCAAAUCUGAAUUCUCCGAAGCCAUAGCAGAUCUUAGUCUCUUAAUUUAACAACAACCACACUACAAACGAAAUGCCUACAUUCUCUUAGCCAUUGCCUAUAAAAAAUCAAACUGUCCAAACGAUGCUUUAAACACUUUAACUCUUGCAAUCAAACAAUUUAACAAAUAUUUUGAUGCGUAUAUUUAUAGAGGCAAACUUUUGUUGAAAAUGAAAUAAUUUGAUCGCGCUUUGAAGGAUUUUACUUGUGCAGUUGAAAUACAGCCAAAAAAGGCCAUUUCUUAUAUUGGCUAAGCUGAUUGCUACAGAUAUAUGAACCAACCAAAAUAAAGUGUCUAAGCUUGUACUCAAGCUAUUGAAUGUCAAGAUUCCUCCUUCAGAUAAGCCCUUAUUAAAAGAACUCUUUUAUAUAUUGAUUUAAAAGAAUAUGACUUGGCUCUUUCAGACAUUAAAGCUGUGUUGGAAGAAGACUACUGUGAUUCCGAGGCACUUUACAUCAAAGGUUUCAUUUGUACUAAAAAAAAUCAAAUUCAAGAAGCUUUCCUUGCUUAUGAGUAAUCAAUCAAACACAACAACUCAAAAAAAGCAGUGUCUAAAUCUCUAUAUGAAAUUGCUAAAAUUAAAAUUGAACAAAGAGACUUUUAUGAGGCAUUUUAUCAAUUAAGUCGUGCUGAUUAUCUAGAUGUAGACGAGAAGAUUUUAGAGAAAUUCAAGAUCUUUACUGACGGAGUCACAUUCUUAAUGAAACGUAAAUUUGAUGAAGGAGUAGAGGCUCUUACAACACUCACUACCAAACACUAGGUUACAGAUUUUCUGAAACCACUCAUCUAUUAAUAUAGAGCCUAUGGAUACUUCUGUCAAUCAUAGUAUUAAAAGGCACUUAAUGAUCUCAAUCAAUUGACUUCCCUUGAAAAACCCUCCAUUUAUAAUAAACUUAUCGCUGAAGGUAUUCUGGCUGCUGUUGCUAACUAAUUUGAACAAUCUUAGGGAUACUUUUUAAAAGCUUAAAAGUUAGUGCCCAAUAAAAUGGAACCUUACUUUUAUAAAGCCACCACUUUAGUUAAAUUCUAUAGUUAUCUCAUUCCAAAGGACGACAUAGAAAAAAAGAAUAAAUUCUUGAAUGAUGCCAUUAAAUACAUGGACAUGGCUGUCAAAAUCAAUGAGCAAUCCAAUCUCUUAUUUUAUAGGGGAAUUGUUCUUUUUGCGUAAGGGAGAUUAGAUGAUUCCCUAAUUGAUUUAGAUAAGGCAAUCGAAAAGUCAGAAGAUCAUGUAGCAAAACAUUUCUAUGUGAGAGGGUUGAUACAAGCAUGUAGAGAAGCAUUUGAACCAGCUGUCAAUGAUUUAACAAUAGCAUUAAAUCUAGAUGAGAAACUUUUGGAUGCUUAUUUAAAUAGAGCAAAAGUGUUUCUAUCAUUGGGAGAUAGGAAAAGUGCUUAUUACGAUGCUCAAAAAUACAAAGAAUGUAAAUAAACUGAUCCACAAACUGACAUUCUCCUAGGGAAUUUGUUUUUUUAGAUAGGAGCAUAUGAAGAUGCCAUUCAAUCCUAUUCUGAAAGCAUCAGUUCAGAAAAAAGCUUAUAAGUGCUAUAUUUCAGAGCAAAAACAUACAUCGUAAUAAAGGAGUUAAAUAGCUCGAUGCUUGAUUUAUAGAAAAUAGUAGAAUAAUCCAAUGAUAUUCAUGCCAUUGUAGAUCUAAAUCUCCUCUAGUAAUUAAAAAAUACCUCAACUGCAAAUAAUGAUUAGAAUCUAUUUUAAGAGGCUCUACAGUGUGCAAAUCAAAUUUUAAAAAAAGGAGCAGAAGGGAGGAUAUUCAAGAAAUCAGAUAUUCUAUUUUACAAGGGCUUAUUUUAGUUCUAUUUAAAAUAAUAUGAUAGUGCUCAAUAGGCAAUGAGAGAAUCAUAUAAAAUUAAGGAGGAGUAAUAGAAAAAGGAAUAAGGGUCUAUGAAUGAUUCUGAUUAAUAUAUUUUAGAUCAAUUGAAUCAAACACAUAAGAAGUUGGAAUAUAAAAGCAAGCCCUUGGAAGAAUUUGAAUUCAGCGAUAGAACCUACAAUUUAUUUGAAUAUUAUUUCAAUAGAUCUGCAAUCCAUUUACUAUUAGGAUAGACUGAUUCUGCACUUCAUUAUUUAGAACAAUUACAGGAGAACAUUUAAUAGCUAGAAAUCUAAGAACACCUCUCCUUAUUCAUUUAAUUAUUGAAGGAAGAUUAGAACCCCAAAAGCGAAAUCAAUUCUGAGCUUUCAAAGUUGACUGAAUUCAUCAUCUUCCCUUAACACAAUAGAUUAUGCUCGAUCUAUCCUAUGGUUAAGUUACCUUUGAAGAAAUAUAAGCAAAAUCUAUAAUUAAGAUUAUCUUUUUGUUUGCCCACAGUAGAGAUUCCAGAAAUGACUACCAAAUUCGAUGAUAAACUACUUGAGACAAUUAGUCCAACCGUAGUUGAAAACAAACCAGAAGCACCAUGGAUUAAACGAUCAGCUGAAGGUGUUAUUUUUACAGAUAAUGUCCAGAUAGUUGAAGAUUUAGAUCUGCAAUCAACUACAAGACCUUCAAAGAAAUAGACUGAAAUGGAAGAUCCAGAAUUCUAGCAAUUUGAAGAUUAGUUAAAUCAUGCAAUUGAGAAAUAUGAUUAUAGUGAAAUAGACUAGUAAGAUGACAUUAUAGAUUAACCAAAUUAAGCCAUAGAUUUGUAACAACUUAAACAAAACUUAAUGCUCGAUUCAAAAAUUGCAGACAAAUUAAAUUCCAUUCUAUAAAAAAAAGCUUAAAAUUGA